CGCGUGUCUUUUUCUCGUCAAGCGCGCACGUUUGGGAACGAGAUGGGGCAUUGAUCAAGGAGGGGAGUCGGCGCUCUUCUAUUUCCCAUUUCUUUCCUAUCCUGCCUCCCGUACUCCUCUUGACCCAGCUUCUAUCUCGUCCGGGUACCAGCAGAGCGCCUCAAGAAUAAGGUACAGUGCAUACAUACAGGAUAAUAGUUAGGUAGUGGGGUCAACCUCGGCCAUCGCGGAAAGCGUGAGGCCCCCCACUCACCACUUUCCGCGCUCGCAGUCGGCAACGCCCGCAUCAGCAGGGCUCCGUUUCCGUCGUGCGCAUUCAUCUCGGGGUCCAAUCUGCAUCUACAAGUAGCCAGAAUCAGCGCGCGGUCCGAUGGCUGUCACGCACGUUCCCGUGGCCGCCGGCCACGAUGAGGACAGCGACCACCACGAGCUCCCGUCGAACGCGCAGCAGCACCCACACCCUCACUCGCAGCCCGCCCUGCACCAGCACUCGCUCUCCAACGCCUCGACUGCGACCGUCGACAUCGAAGCUUGGACCGUCGCCGCCCUCGAGUCGCUUAGCAUCGCGCCCGUCGCCCGCGGCACCGGCAACGCCUUGUCCAUCCCUCUCGAUGGCGACGCCCUCCCCGGCCAGAGCCAGCGCGGGUCGACGCCUCACAAUGGUGCCGGCGGUGGUGGUACCCCAUCCGGCAUGAAGCUGCGGGGCGUCGCGUUCGACGACGGCCGGGGCUCUGCCGCACCCUAUGGCGCACCCAUCACCCCUCCGCGUCGGCCGCCCUCCCGGCGCGACAGCAUGCGCAGGCGUGAUGCGCUCUUGAAGGGGAAAGAAGGCAGCAGGCAGCGGAGGCGAUGGGAGAACGACCAUCUCCUGCACGUCCCCAACGUCGUCCCGCCGCUGCCGUCCGACUGGCAGAUAUGCCCCACCCAUCGCGUCCUGCCGCCCGUGCCGUACCAGCUGGCGCAGUACUGGGAUAAGGGCCUGAGGGAGCGGGCCGAGGCCGAGAAGCAGAGGCGGAGGCAGAAGCAGAAACGAAACACCGAGCAGCAGCAGCAGCAGCAGCCGGAGGUCGGCUUCGUCCCGCGCGACCUGCGCAACACGGCCAAGCGCACGCCCGCCGUCAAGUCGUGGCUGCGCGCCCUCGAGGAGCCGGUGCGCGCGUUCGUGGUCGAGCGCGGGCUGGCCGUUCCCCCCGGCGCCGGCGCCGGCGCCGCCGCCGCUACCACCACCACCACCACCACCACCACCACCAGCGCGAGGGAGAACAAGAGCGGCGAGAGCGAGAGCGACACCGACAGCGACGACGAGGAGAUUGUGUUUGUGGGGCGCAACGCCCGCAACGCGCGGGAUGGCGAGUCGUGGAAGAAGGCGCAGCGCAACGUUGCCGGGCAGAAGCAGCAGCAGCAGCAGCAGGUCGAGGAAGAGAGGGGCAUGGUGUUGGAGAUGGAGGACGACGAGGGGGGUGGGGGUGCUUUCAAGCGCUGGCUCACACACUCCAUCUCGGACUAUUACGGCCUCGAUUCCAAGUCGGUUAUGGUGGGCAACCCCGCGCGUCGCGUCGUAUACGUUGGCGUCAAGCAGAAGCAGAAGCAGGCCGCUCUACGGCAGAAGCCGCCCAACCGACCUCUGCUGCCGCCGCCCCUGUGGGAGAUGUUCUGAGGAAGACGCUCGAGGGUCCCUGUAUCAGUGUAUGUUCCUUGUCCGAGAAGUUGACUGUGGUGCAUUGCAUCUGUAGACUGUAGGUAGUAGAAAGCGUGCCGGUAUACGGUACCAGUGCGCCAGCGCAUACAUUCAAGUUUGCAACUCGUCCCCAAGCUCCGGACUCGAAUUCGACGAUGCAGCUAAGAAGAGGUCGAAGCAUACGACCACCAUGGUC